GAGUCAUUGAGCCGUGACAGUGCAGUAGUACUGGAUGUGUAAAUGUGUACUUGGAGGAAUAUAAAUUCAUCCUCAAUUAGGUGAUUUAGUUUUUUACAUAAGUGUAUCAGAUGUCAGAAAUCAUUUUUACACCAGUCUAAAAUAGGUUUGUUUGGGAACAACCUUUGCUACAAACCCCAGGGGUGUCUUUAAAAUUGAUGUUUAAAAAAAAUCAAUACAAUACUUUGUUAUAACCAAACUUCCAAAACCUCUAAAAAUAACUGCAGAAAAGCUUGAUGUCAGUCCAUAGAUGGAGCACUAACACAGUUGUUGUGUCCUGGUGUGACCCCGGAAUUGUACAAAGAAGGAACUCUCUGACUUACAGAAGAGUUGACUCAGAGGACAGGUAGAUCAGCUGAUUGGCUGAUAGAGAAACAGGAUUUCUGAACAAUAAUAUUGAUUUUAAAAAUUGAAUUAAUGAAUUAAUUAAUAUCUGUUUUUCUCUUUAAAAUCAGUAGUUGUGGCCAUGUUGGAUCACUGUAGGUACAUUAGCCCACAGUGGACAAACUUAAUAGCUUCUAAUAACUGAAGCCUCUUGAUGUGGUUGGUUAAUAACUUUUCUAGAUGUUUUCCAACACCACACCUCCAGUGUCCGAGUGUUUUGUCUCAUGAAGUGGAGGACAGACAGAGACAGAGACAGACAGAGACAGACAGACCUGACUAGGUGGCACCGUGUGGUACAAUAAUGCUGCUGGGUUUACACAGUGAGCUGACACACAGGGAGGGGGGUAGCUGGGUGGGUUGGUUAGUGACUGGUGGGGGAGGGGUUGCUCUUACAAACAGAGCAGACAGGAAGAGAGUGGACCUGCUGCGUGUUCACAUUUCUCCAUGAAAACACGAGGGUCCACGGCGGAGCUACGUUUCUCUUACGCUCCUCCUGAGCGAAGGCCAUCACGACGACGGGAGCGUUGAGGCCGAACGUGACCGUGUUUGACAAACUGAUUUUUUUUUCUUUUUUUUUCUCUCUCGACAAUAUGAUAUCGACCCCCACCCGUCAAGAAAGCAGGGUCAGAGUUCACAGGAAGCUGGGGGGCUGCCAUUUUUCCCUGCUGCUACUGCUAACGUUAAACGGCAGAUGCUAAACGGACGAGGAGGUGAGAUUUGUUUGUUGGGUGUUUUUGUUAGCUUUCUCCUCACCCACACAUCAUAACCGCGACUAAACAAUCCGUCAUUCCUCCGACCGCUGUCGCCCGCAAGCGUCGUUAGUGGAUGAAUUCGGCAUGGAGAAAGUAGCGGAGCCGUCUUGGACUUCUUCCUACACCUACCAGGUGAGCAAGCACAGUGCGGAGAUGCUACACAACCUCAACGUUCAGAGGAAAGAUGGAGGCAGGUUCUGCGAUGUGGUCCUGCGCGUCGGCGAGGAAAGCUUCCCUGCCCACAAGGCUGUUCUGGCCGCCUGCAGCGAGUAUUUCGAGUCGGUCUUUAGUCGCGAGACGGAGGGCGACGGAGACACGAAGGAGCUGGAGAUGCACACGAUCAGCCCGAAAGUUUUCAAAGAUAUCCUGGACUUUGCCUACACCUCCAGGAUCGUGGUGCGACUGGAGUGUUUUCCGGAGCUGAUGACAGUGCUGAUGAGGUCGGUGAUCGAGAUCUGUCAGGAGGUCAUCAAACAGUCGAACGUUCAGAUCCUCGUGCCGACCGCCCGAGGAGGAGACGCCAGCCUUUUCCAGGCCACCGCAGCCUCGGAGCUGGGUUUCCCGGUGACACAACACGACCUGGUGAACGGAACCGGACUGUUGUUGAACGGUCAGAGUUUUGGUAACAAUGCGCAAAUGCAUGUGGAGGGGAGCGAAGACGCCGCGGCCGUCGUGCUGCUGGAGGGCGGCGGUGAGUCUGCGAUGCCGAUGUUGGAGCCGGUGGAGGGGCUGUCCGUGUCCGUGUCCCCGUCGGCAGAAAUGACAGGCAACUCACUUCACCAGGACGCCGACUCACCGGGAUCCAAGAGAGGCAGAGGGAGACCAAAGAGGGCCGCCGAGGCUCUGAACUUCAACCACAGCACCAUGAAGGACAACGGACUGUUCCCGUGUGGAACCUGUGGGAAAGCGUUCACCGAGGCGUCCCGUUUGAAGAACCACGAAGCCCAGCACGGAGCCUCCAGCAGCCACAACAACAGCAUCAACAACCUCGGUGACAGCCUGUCCUCGGCGUCCCUGCUGUCCCACCCUGGGCUGGUUGAGAACGGACUGCAGUUGCACGCAGGGCUGACGCUGGACAACGGUCGCAAACGGGAGAGGACCAGGCGGCACGUUGGCUGUGACAUUUGCGGCAAAGUUUUCCGUGACGUUUACCACCUGAACCGACACAAGCUCUCCCACUCAGGGGAAAAGCCGUACGCGUGUCCUGUGUGCGGGCUGCGGUUCAAACGCAAGGACAGGAUGUCGUACCACGUACGAUCACACGAUGGGUCCGUGGGCAAACCGUAUGUGUGCCAAAGCUGUGGUAAAGGCUUUUCCAGACCUGAUCAUCUGAAUGGACAUAUAAAGCAAGUCCACACAACAGAGAGACCACACAAGUGCCAGAUCUGUAACGCCUCAUUCGCCACAAGAGAUCGCCUGCGGUCACACCUCGCCUGCCAUGAGGACAAGAUCCCGUGCAAAGUUUGUGGCAAGUUCCUGCGUGCUGCGUACAUGACGGACCACCUGAAGAAACACAGCGAAGGGACGCACAAUUACUGUGGCAUCUGCAACAAAGGUUUCUCCACCGCCUCCUACCUUAAGGUGCAUAUAAAGACACACCACGGCUCUCCACUGCCCCCCUCUGCUACAAUGCACACCUUCCCCGAGGUGAGGGGGGGGCUGCAGAUGCACAACGGCACCGCUUACCACAUGGGACGCCAGUCCUCGGUGGAAGACGGGCAGGAGAACACGGAGAAAUGUCCUCAUCUGGAGUCCGAAGAAUCCGACCCAUCGUUCGGAGAACUGUCCAACAGCGAGGAGUUCAAAUCGCCACAAAAAUCCGAGGGACCUGAGCUGGAAAUGCAGUCUUUGUCCUGCAACGGAGGGACCUCCUCGGGGACGCUUGGAUCUCCGGACGAGUCCAAGACCAAGACGGACCCUGAGAAGAAGUUCAUCUGCGGCAUCUGCGGCCAAGCUUUCCGCACCAAGUCCUACCUCAACAAGCACCAGCACCGAGUUCACAAAGCCCUGAAGUCCCAGGGGCUGUCCAGGUCCGGCCUGAGUGAACUGGCCCCCUCCCUCGCCUCACCCUUCUCCCCCCAACAGAACAUGUCCCUGCUGGAGUCUUUUGGAUUUCAGAUCGUCCAGUCGGCGUUCGCCUCUUCACUGGUGGACGCCGAGGCCGGUCAGAGCGGACUGGACUUUGGAGGGAAGUGACAACAUUUUACUGGAGCUUCUCUUCUUUUUAUUUUUCUUUUCUUUUUUUGGACAAAGCCGGGUCGCCCACAGACAGCGCUCUGUUUUUGGGAAUAACUUUGCCUCAAGACUACUUUUCUCCGUUGGUUAAGUUCCUUAAUGUGUGUAACCGAUAUUUUUGUCACACGGACUCACAGUUCCUAUCUUUUCUACCUUUCCAGAGAAUGCGAAGUGCUCGUUGUGUAAAUGUUGCUUUCAAAGAAACGACACGAAGGUCGGGAUUUUCCUCCACGUGUCUAAUAUAUUUGCGAGACUUCCCGUCGUUCACGGCUCUUGUGUUAAUCUCGGCUGCACGCGUGUUCCUGACAUGACAUGAGUUAUUUACUGUAUUCUGAAAGUGAGAAAAGUUCCGUCGUCUCUCGGCCCAUUUACACUGAAUGAACUCCUGACCUUCGCAGCAGGUUUUUUUUUUUGUUUCUUUUCCCUGAAGGCUGUGAGAACAGACUUCUUUACCUCAGCAACAAGAGAGCAGAGCUCACUAUUGACUUUUUUUCAGGUUUUCUGAAGAAAAAAUUCAGUUGAGAUUUAAAUUAUAAAACUUUUCCUUUGAGUUUGCAUACAGAAAAAAAAAACCAGUAAGUGUUAAAAUGUUGCCUCUCAUAUUUAUUAAUUUCUCCCACAAUAUUAAAAAAUAAUUUAAACUCUGUAUCAGCAAAUUUCGUUUUCUACAUUUGUUCCUCUUAAUAGUCCACUAUUAUUAGAGAUUCACCUUUUACCUCUAGUGGGCGCCCAUGUACCACCUGUGGUAUGCAUACCAUAGUUUGAGACCCACUGGUUCAGCUCCUCACCACUCUCCUCAUGGACAGUUGUUAUUCUGACCCUGUCGUGUCUAAAAAAUUGUAUUUUUUUUUUCUGUAUGCAGUAAUGUUUGACUCAACUGAAAAUUUGGUUUAAAAACGUCUCCGUAUUUACAGACACCGUGUCCCACACAGGCCCAGGGCAUUUUUCAUGAAUCACUUUGUUACAAGAAACAGUUUUGUUGUCAAAGUUGAUGAGUUUUCAGGAAUAGUGUUUUUUUAUUUUAUUUUUCUUUGACAUCAACAAAUAUUUGGAAGAAUUUUGAAAUCUCGAAGAGAAAACCUUAAAUUAUAAAUAUAGAACAUGUAGGAAAUGCUCUCAGUGACGGGAGUGAAGCUACCUCAUCGGUUUGAUUAAAGAACUUUAACUCAUUGGAUGAACUGAAUGGAAUUGUUUUAAGCAAAACCCUCUUUUUUUUUUUUAUUUUAUUUUAGCAUCUUACCAUUUCCGAGCAUAGACCUUUAUUUUAUGUUGUAACAAAUAUUUGUGAGUUUUGUUACUCGUUCAGUCCAAAUAAUUAUUUCUUUAAAAAUAGAAGAAAAAAAAAUCAAGGAAGAAAAGCCAUUUCUUUGAAGAAAUAUUUUUUUAUUUCAGAUGUUAAAAUCUGCUCAAUUGUUCUUGAAACUUGCCUUGAGCUUGUUGGGACCUGCAGCCCCCGAAACAUCGGUGAAAGGUUUGGUUUUUUUUUUUUUGUUCAGUCGCAGCUCAACAAACAGGGACCAAGGUCAGGUUUAUUUUCCGAGUGUAUUUUGAUAAAAUGCAAAUUCUAUUUUAUUAACUUAUUCCUGCUCUGCUUUUGUUGUAUACAAGUUUUUUAUUGUCAAACAAUGAUCUUGUGUGAUUUGCUUUAUUCAGUACUUUUUCCUACUGUAAAUUAUGAGUUGUUACGGAGCAGCGUGGGCUACUGUGUGUCUUGUGCAACAGUUGAAGGCGUUUAAAAAAAAAGAAAAGAGAAAAAAAAGGAUCCACUCCUUCGUCCAACUGCCUCUGAACUGACCAAAAGUGAUGCAAUUUUUUUUUUUUUUUUUUUUUCACCGCGGGGGGUAAUCAAGCUCACGUAAUGUCCUCGGAGUCUCUUUAGUGUCUCGUCAUCUUCGUUUGCUGCACUUAGUGAUGGGUGAGGAAGAGGGGAGGGGACGGGACGGGAGGGGAGGAAGAACUGUUGUAUAGAAGCUGAAGGAAUUUAAUCACUGCACCAGCAUCAGACACCGACACAGAGAAGAAACAAAAGACCGAGCGAAGCAGUAGUACUGCACAUACAGUACUACAUAUACAGUACUGUAUGUGCAGUACUGUUUGGGUGGUGUGUACAUUCACUAUUUAUAGUAAAUCCAGAAACUGAAACCAGAUCGUCAACGACAGACGGGGCAUCAGGGUCGGGGGAGGAGGAGGUGUUGGCGCUAAAAGCCACAUUUGAAUUGAGACUGUUAAAUUAUUACAAAAAAAAAAAA